UAAAGAGAGGAGGGGGAAAACACGGCCGUUCAUAUGGAAUCUCUCAAAAGGAACGUCCGUAGGAGCAAAUUGCAUCAAUUGUUGCAAAAGAAAGCAGUUGAAAAUGGAAGAAAAUAUGCGAAAUGGAACUUCUGAAUAUUCAAAUGGUGUCUUUUGGUAUCAGAUUAGCGCCUUUCUGAAAGAAUCGAGAGCUCAUUUUACCAGCGAAGAGAAGGCACAAGCGAUGAAAGUUGGUCAAAUCUGCUUUUGCAAUCGGAGGGUUUAUCAUUUCUCACUCCUCUGCUUUUCAGUUUCUCUCUCCUAAUUUUCUCUGAGUUUCUCGAGAAAGUGAUCUGGAGGAAUAUUGUUUUUUAUUGGUCAUUCAAAAUUUUUUAGGGUUUUUUGUUGUUUUUUGUUGUUGCCAAUUAGGAAAGAAGACGAGCAAAAGUAGCCGAAAAUGGUGGGUUCGUUAAAGGUCAAAGUCAAGAGCCCGGGCAAUAAAUUAGAAAACCAAAACUGAAAAAUACCAAAUUCAAUCAGCUAAAAAGAGGCCCUUGGAAAGCGAGGGCUUUUUUGUUUUCGUUUCUUAAAUUGUUCCCAAACCAAGGGAUUCUGUUGUUGGAGAGUGAUCCAUCUGUUUCUUUGGCUCAAAGAAACAGAAAAAAAGAAAAGAAAAAAAAAAAGAAAAGAAAAGGAAGCCUGAGGACGGCCAACCAUACUUCAGGAAUUCUCUCUUUCCAGAUCUACCCCGUUUCAACGUUCUGACAGUUUUAUUUCUUCUGUCAGAACAUCCCAAAACUCUUUUUUACUCGAUUCCCUAGUUUCGUUUCUAUUAUAUAAUGCUUUUCUGAGUUUGUAAUUAAGCAGUUUUGCAGAAAAGAGCCUGCAAAAUCCCUCGGGAAUUUGUGCUCAAGUUUCUACGUAUUACCCAUCAAGAAAAUGUUUUCUCGUUGAAAGAUUAAUGGUGUCUGCAUUGAUCAAUGGCUUUCUGACAUCUGAUACUUGUUAUUUCGGUUCAUAUUUGUGAACGAAAUCGAGCAAUCUUCUGGUUUUAAUACUACCCUUCCGGUCCAUUUGAAGAAUGGUUUUUUAUGCUGGAGCAUUUGGGUGAGAAUAUGUAAGGGAUGGUAUCCGAAACAUUGAUGAAGAUUGUGUCACCCUGCUGGAAACCGUCUGUUGAAGGUGAACAUUCUAGCAGGGGUGGGGAUGCAAGUGGUCGGGUUGAUGGGCUGUUGUGGUACAAGGAUUCUGGACGCCAUAUCAAUGGCGAAUUCUCGAUGGCAGUUAUUCAGGCAAAUAAUUUGUUGGAAGAUCGCAGCCAACUCGAGUCGGGGCCAUUGAGUUCAUUUGAAUUGGGUCCUCAUGGAACUUUUGUUGGAAUCUAUGAUGGCCAUGGAGGUCCGGAAGCUGCAGAAUUCAUAAAUGAUCGUCUGUUCAAUAAUAUGAAGAAAUUUAUUCCAGAAAACCAGGGGGGAGUAUCAGCUGAAAUUAUCAACAAAGCAUUCUUGGAGACAGAGGAGGAAUUCUUGUCUCUUGUAAAGAAACAAUGGCUGAUUAAGCCGCAAAUUGCUUCGGUUGGUUCAUGCUGUUUGGUAGGCAUAAUAUGUUGUGGAUUGCUGUAUAUUGCAAACGCUGGGGAUUCUAGGGUGGUGUUGGGAAGAUUUGAAAAAACGCUUAAAGAGGUUAAAGCUAUCCAAUUGUCAUCUGAGCACAACGCAAGUAUUGAAUCUGUGAGGGAGGAGUUGCAUUCAUUGCAUCCCAAUGAUCCGCAGAUCGUGGUGUUAAAGCACAAGGUGUGGCGCGUAAAGGGUGUGAUACAGGUCUCAAGAUCCCUUGGUGAUGCUUAUCUGAAGAAAACAGAGUUCAACCGAGAGCCACUUUUGCCGAAGUUCAGGUUGCCUGAACCAUUCCACAAGCCAAUUCUUAAAGCCGAGCCUGCUAUCGUAGUGCAGAAACUGUAUCCAGAGGAUCAGUUUCUUAUAUUUGCUUCAGAUGGCCUUUGGGAAUAUAUAAGCAAUCAGGAAGCUGUCGACAUCGUCAAUAGUUGUCCACGUAAUGGGAUUGCAAGGAAACUUGUUAAAGCUGCUCUUCAUGAAGCUGCAAAAAAGAGAGAAAUGAGAUACGCGGACUUGAAGAAGAUCGACCGUGGGGUGAGAAGACAUUUUCACGACGACAUCACUGUUAUAGUUUUGUUCCUCGAUUCCCAUCUGAUUAGCCGCAGUCCGAGCUACGGACCGAUGCUAUCAAUCAGAGGAGGUGCUGGUAUCCUCACUAAAUCAUCAUAGUUUGUGAAGCCUUAUUAGCAUCAUCAUCUCCUCUUAUGCUCUUACACCCACCUCUACCCCCCAUUUUUCUCAUUUGUAUUGCAAAAUGGUUUUUGUGUUCAAAAGAGGAGAGAUUUGGAAACAAAACCCUUUUCUUUUCCCUUUCCCCCUUUCCUUUUCUUUUUCUUUCUUUCUUUCCUUUUGUGUCUUCGUUUUUAAUGUAUAGCCAUGGAUUUUGGAAACUGUUAUUCUCUAAGAAGUCUCCUUAUUGACAUUUUUUUGUCAAUAGUAUAGAGAGAUUAGAUAAUAUUGAUGAGGAGUGUUCAAUCUCUAA